UGGGAGUAUGAAAGAGGAUCACAUGCGAGGCUGGCUCUAUCACUGAGCUGAAAAGCAUCAGUGUGAUGAGCAGAACAGAGAGUGGCCUGUCCCCCCCCCCCUCUGUCCCUCUGUUGUCAUCCCUCCAUACAUGUCUCAGAGGUGACGGUCCAGGACGAGGAGACUGACUCAGGGCUCCCAUGCUGUCUGGCUCGGUGUGACAGUCUUGAAAGCUCGCCUUUGUUCUCCAUAGUAUCACAUAGGCCGUAUGUUUGUUAGUGUCACUAUUCUAAUAAUAGGCUGAUGCUGGAAAAUCUAGAGAGGCUUUUGGCUGCUGAGCUGUGUGUGUGACCAUGUGCAGAGAGUGUUAUAUAUAGGGUCAUGUGAGGAAAAGGAGAAACACCUUCUUUAAGAGCAUCCUGCUGUAUCUGUGGUGUGUUUUUGUGGCAUUUGGAAAUCAGUGCAUGCUGGCUUUGUCUUCCUGUGCUGCUAUAAUCAUAGGAGGUACUUGUGCUUCAGAUGUGAUGUCAUUACAGUGUUGACACGGUGUUGCUGAGGUGGGGUUGUUGCCACUGAGCGAUGCUGCACAGUGUAGCUCAGGCUGUAGCGGCGGCUGUGUUGCUGAUCGGGGAUCUCUCAGUGAGGCGGGGGCUAUGGCGCUCUGAUGCUGCAGGCGCUGCUCAAUGUGGGUCAGGAGAGGCAGCACUCUGUCUUCUCCCCAUUCUCUCUCCAUCUUUCUCAUUCCUAAUCUUCUUUCUUCUCUCACGUCCCCCUCUACCUCCCUUUUCCCCCUUUCUACAUAGUUCCAUCUGUCAUCUUACAUUGCCUUUCUCCCUCUCCUCCCCCUCACUCUCCUCUUUCUGUUUCUGUUUUUCUCCAGCUCUGCUGCUCUCCUCCUUUGUUACGUCUGGUGGAUCUACCAGGCUGUAUGGUUAGAUGAAUCGCACGGAGGAUUUCACUGCUUUUGAAUGCAGUGACCUUGUCAGAGCCAGCAUUAGAGAUUCCUGCUGACAUCGUGGAAGAGGUGGAUCGGUCAGAGAUGAUUCCUCAUGAAGUCUAUGGAGCUCAUUUUGUGAGCUGGAGUAACUCCAUCUUCUCUGGUCUGAGACCUGGAGCUAUAUACCAGUGAACACAGAGAGAGCCCCAGCCACACAGCACACAGAGAAACCGGACUCCUGCACAAAACCAUCAAGUGGAGGAGAGAGAGAAAAAGACAGACCCAGAAGAACUCAGAAGUAUUACCCAGGAAUAUUAAAACCACGCUGGGAAAAUGAAAUCCAACCAGGAGCGGAGUAAUGGAUGCCUGCCUCCUAAGAAGCGUGAGAUCCUCGCUCUGGAGCAGAGGCCGGUUGCUGUAGCCACAGCAACACCUCCUGCUGCAGUGGUUACUGACAGUCCCCACACAGAGAACCUAGCAUGGCUGGCAAGUGUAGCCAGUGAACGUUGCAAAUCCAGGGACGCAGAGAGCCCGAGAUGUCCCAUCUCCUCCACUUCUUCAUCUUCUCCUUCCACCUCUAUCCCUUCCUCUGCCACUCCCCUGUCUGCCGUGCCCCUGGCCUCUCUGCCUGCAGUUUACCCCACAGCCAUUCCCCAGCAAGCUGGGACUAUCCAGUUUGCUCAGCUGGGACCCAACGUUCAGUUCAUCAGCUCUGGGCCUUAUGCUGGCUACAUCUCCUCUCACAUCAUCUCCACUAAUGCUAGCUCUGCACCAAACAGCUCUGCCAUGGGACAGCGUCACCACCUGGAUGGUUACACCACUGCCGUCAUCUCCCCCAAUACCAAAGGGGAUCAGCAGUUUCAAAUAGGCCUCUCUGCUACAGAACUGACACCUGUGUCGCUUCCAAGCUCCCCCCAAGUAACCAGCCAGUACAUUCAUCUGGACAGCAGAACACCUCUGACUGUCAGCGGAAACCACGUCACUUCACCCACAGCCCACCUGCAGCUCCACCCUCACACAGCCGUCCUCCCUCAAACGCUUACCCUUGCUCCAUCCCAGCUGGUGGUUCAGUAUGCAGACGGUUCAGCUGGAAAGAAACCAGAGGGGCACGCUAAGGGUGUGCUGAACGGGGAAUUGGAGCUUGUCAAACAGAGCAAAACUCCCAGUCAUCAAGUGAACCAUCACCAGGUCCAGAGCUAUGAGGCCAGACAUAUUCUCCUGCCUGCAGACUAUGGCCAAAACCCAGCAGGACUCCAGACCUCCUUGGUGCUGGUGGCCCAACCCAAUCAUGGAGCUGAACGUGAAGCUGGCUCAAAUAAGAUCUCGUUAGUCCAGACUGAGAAAGGAGGCAUCUGUUUGGGGAAACCAGUGUCCAGAUCUUCCUCUUUCACAUCUCUCUCUUCCUCAGACGUCAUUAAGUCUGUUGCUCCUCAUACUGUCAUCCAGACCACUCUACCCUCCGAAGAGCUGCCAGCCAGUCUCUAUUCCUCCACGCAGCCACCCAUCAUUGGCUAUAUCACCAGUGCAAAUCAACAUGCUCUCAGCUACCACGCGACACUGCCUCAACACCUAGUCAUCCCGAGUGGCCAGUCCCUCCUCAUCCCAGUCAGUGGCACCAAUAACGGCACAGAAGUAGAGGUCAGUCGUACUGUCAGUGCUCUAACUGCCACCACUACCCCUCAAAUAUCCACCGCCAUGCCGCAUGCCUAUCUGGCCACAGCCCUGUCCAAGUGUGAGGCGCUUGGGCCAGAUGGACAUCAACCACCCCCGGCCGUCGCACAAGCACCAGCGCUGCCGGUCGUGCCCUCACACCCGGCUCCUGCAGUGGUGGCACCUCCCUCCCCAACUCCUGCUCCUCUCCCCGCUCCUGCCCCUGUUUCCAUCCAAGCCUCCCCCUCCAUCUCCUCUUCCUCUUCCCCUGUGGCGCUUCCUCCAUUCUUCAUGCGAGGCUCCAUCAUCCAGCUGGCUGAUGGGGAGCUGAAGCGUGUGGAGGACCUGAAGACGGAGGACUUCAUCCAGAGUGCUGAGAUUAGCAGUGAGCUGAAGAUUGACUCCAGCACUGUUGAGCGUAUUGACAGUGGGCAAAGUCCUAAUGCUGUGGUCAUACAGUUUUCUGUGGGGGAGCUCAAAGCCCAGGUUUGCGUGGAGGUUCUUGUGGAGUAUCCCUUCUUCGUAUUUGGCCAGGGUUGGUCAUCCUGCUGCCCAGACCGGACCACCCAGCUGUUUGAGCUGUCCUGCGCUAAGCUGUGUGUGGGUGACGUAUGCGUGUCGCUGACCCUCCGCGGCUUGAGGAACGGUUCAAUAACAGACAGCCAGCAUUUGGGGACCAAGCUGAAGACUGGUCACCUCUCUGACUCCUGUCAUAAUGUGGAUGUCACUAUCAGAAACAGUACGAGUCCAAACGCUGCACACAAUAACAGUGGCCUCCUCAUGAAGGCUCCAAGUGCAGACAGGCUGGAGAGGGAGCAGGUAACUGGACCAGGACCAGGAAUGGAGCUACCACCAGGAUUGGGACUACUUCCAGGACAAGGGGAGGGGAUCUAUGGAGCUGGAUCAAUGCUGUCAGUUUCGGGGACUGGAGAAGUAAGACAGGAAUCAGUGAAAACAGACAUGCCUGCUCUUACCAAAAUACAAUGUGGGGAUCCAGAGAGAUCUACAGUCCGCAAGAGACGCUGGUCAGCUCCAGAGCGAGACCAGACUGAGAGGGCUGAGGAGGAGCCUCCUCUGACUCUGCCCAAACCCUCCUUCAUCCCUCAGGAGGUUAAAAUCAGCAUAGAAGGCCACUCCAGUGCUGGGAGUGAAAGGUGCUUGAACAAAAGAGUAGACUGUUGAUAGAACUUUAAGGAAUUUUUGAUUACCUGUGGUUGGCUUUGUGUUUUUCCCCCUCUGUUUUUCUCUAUCCAGACUACUGUAAUAUAGGCUGAGUUUACACAGUAUUUACACGUUUUCUUUUCUUUCACACAAGUCUGAUAUCUACGAUGAAGUACAGCUGAGCACCUUCAUAAGUGGUAUCACACACGAGAUCAGUGCAAUCAAUGCUGAAAGCAAAAAUGAAUGCAGCGUGAAUGUUGAGUAUGAAUGACAGUCAGACACUCGAGCGUGUCACAUAUCAUAAGCCCGAUCUCCUUUGUCAUGUGGCUUAAACCUGUUGGAUGCAGACCAGUCAAUCAUUCCUCUUAUCACAUGAACAAGCACAGACCCCGAUGUCAGCGUGUACAAAGUGGGUAACAAUAUUUUGACUCUCAUCAUGUUUGUUUCGUUGUUUAUGAGUGGUUGGAGUCAUAGAGAGACCUUUGGUGUUUCAAUGACAAUGCUCAAUCGCCAUGGAUGUACUCUCUGCUGCCUCGUGUGUCUGAUGAGGUUUUGAGUUUUAUUUUAUUACUUAAAGAAAAAAAAAAGUCAUACCAUUAUGUGCGUGCUCCUGCAGGUGGCCUUGUGCCACUUGUCUCUAUGUGUAUGCCUGUGUGUGGUUUUCUUUGUGGCACAGGAUUAAGGGGUGGCUGAGAGCUCAGUUGUCAGUACAACCUGCAAAUAUCAAGACUGAAAAAGGCCUGAAUGUAAAUCACUGAAUUUGUCCUCAAUACUGACUCAUGAAGUCAUCCAUGUGAUUGCCUCACCACUGACGGGCUGUGCUGAGAAAUUGAUCCCACUGCUUUUUGUGGGUGACAGCAGUUGCACGUGGAUGCAUUCCUCUGAUGAAGUUCCUCUGUCAAACUUGCCAUUAUAGUUUAUUUGCAAAGUGUCACAAUUCUUUUCAAGGACAGCAUGAGUCACUAGUUGAUGUCCGGCUUCAACCCUGGCCACUACUCAAUGUGCAGCAUUUCAGAUCUGUACCAAUAGGAAAGAAUCAGGCGUUUCUAUCUAAUACCUACAAAUGACCUUUUGGGCAUUUGUGUAUGCACCUUUUAGAUUUGAUAUGGCAAAGUUGUUAGCAAACAGUUGCGUAAUUACACAUCCAGAAGACACACAGCAACACUGACGUUUAUUUUGGAGUUGUGUUUCAGGCGGUCUGUUGAAUGUAAGUCCAGUUCAUCCUACUUGUAGCUCUGUUUUUGUCUCUUGUCAACUCCUGAGGGAAUCCUCUACCCUUUAGUUGCUAAAUUAUUCACCAUGUUCAUCAGGUAGUUGCUAACUUUGUCUGUUGGGCAGGUAGUUUAUAAUUGGUUCACUAGAGCUUUUCCACUGAAAACAACUGCCUGCCGCGCCUGAAAUCAAACCCUGAUGAGAGCGGUGAGAGAAAGUUACAGGCCAUAAAACCAAAACAGUGAGCUGAAGGAUGCUGAAUAGCUUUGUAGGGCUGAAAAGAACUGCAGGGUUAUAAUUUACUCCCUUUCACAUGACACAUAGACCUCUGACCCACUGUUAAUAUAAAAAUAUGGAAAAAUUAAAUGCAACUUUAAAUGCACGCACACCAUAAGAUAAAAAAAGGCAUAAUAUGUACUUAUCAAUGGAAAACUAGUACCAUCAAAUUCCUUUGACUAAUCCUGUUGCUUUCUUUAGAGAAUGGCCUUACAUAUAUGUACCUAGAUCACAACAGCACAUGUUUUUUAGGGUUUUAUCAAUAAAACCUGCUUUCCUCAAUGAUGGUAUGCCAAGUCCAUACCUAUUAUAUCAGAGCACUGCUGUUUUGAUUAAAACAGCUUUAUUUCUCUACAUGUAAUUUCUUUCUUAGAGUAGAGCCAAAAUAUCCUACAGUUCGUACUCAGGAACCGUGUGUAUCUGUAUGUGUGUGUAAACAAACUGUGUGUGUGUGUGUGUGUGUGUGUAGGCCUGAGACAGUAUGUGCAUGUCCACAGUCACAUGUGUAUGCGUGCGUUCUGAGCAGCAGCACUUUGAUGAAGCACCCAGCGGCAGUGUGGUGGUGGUGGUGGUGUCCCUGUUCCUCAGCUGUUAGAUAUAAUGAGAAUAAUCAACCGACUGUUUUUCAUUGCAUAAUGUCCUACAGGUUUAUCAUUGAGAGAAAACAUUAUAUACCGGAGCAGGGAAUGUAAACACAUCGGGCAAACUAUCUCAACUUUAUUUUUGAUGACAGAUAGAGCUACUAUAAAGAGAAAGAAAGAGAGUUGUAGAGUUAACUAACCAGCUAGUGUUGAUCAUGUACAGUAAAUUGUAUCCUAAAGAGUGUACAGUGUGUGUAUAGAUAUUCUAACCCUUAUGUAGCCUAUGUACUGUAUGUGCCACAGCGCCUCCUUCUUCAAUCAUUCCAUUAACUCACCAAUAUCAAGUUUUCCUGCUAUCAUUUUUGUCAGUUCAGGUAUUGAUCUCAUGUCCAUGAAUGUGCCACAUUUCCUUGGGGACAUCUGCAUAAUUUGGCCGCCUCACAAUUUGAGUUGACUUGCACACUGUAACAUACAGUAUGUGUGAAUAUGAACUGCAAUUUAUCAUAAUAGCCAUGAACCUUUUAUAACUCCUGAAAGGUGUUUAUUGUUAACCCAGACUGUUCUCUUCUGUUUGUGUUCGACUGCUCAGGCUAAACACUGCCCAGUGACUGUUCUCCAAAAUGAUGUGUUCUUAUAUUUUUCACUGUUACAAAGUAGAGGUACUGUUUCAUCAGUUUGUCUUUGUAGCUCCGUGAGCCUGGCCUGUGUUUGUACUUUUUCUUUAAGAAAUUAUUAUUUUUCGAAUACAGACCUGAAGUGACAUCAUGACACAGUCAACAUGUAGAAAGAGAAAUUCUGGGAAAUACAUUGAUUCGCUUUCUUGCAGAGAGAAAGGUGAAAAGAUUAAUGCUAUUUUUAUAUUCUGUAGGGUAAAUAAAUAUGAGGCUAAGCCAAGCUGACCGGCAUCUGGCUGUAGUUUCAUAUUUACUGUAAAGAUAUAAGAGUGACAUCUAUCUUCUCGUCUAACCUUCUGCAAGAAUGCGAAUAAACGCAUUUCCCAAAAUGUUGAAGUAUUCCUUUAAAGGCCCUGCACACCCACACAGUGGUUAAUUAGACCUCAGCUCAGGUUCAAGCUGGGAUGGCGCCCCAACAGGUGCAACGAGGAGUUAUCAGUCAAUUGUGGUCUGUACACACCCGAACAGUCCUGAGAAGAGACGGGCAAAAUAAGUGCAAAUGAAGGUGAACCGCUGGUGUGUCGGGGCUUUUAAAUUCAAAGGUUUAGUAAUACCCCUUUUGCUCACAAAUAUGCUUAAGCUGGACCCCUUAAAAUAUGUACUUUUCAGAGCUUUUCUAAAUAAUGUUGAAUAUGGUGUAUAAGCGCCGCCUUGUGGUGAUCUAUAGAAUUGCACUUUGUCAUGUGUGGGGUGGGGGGUGUUUUAGUCUAACUAAUACACAGAAGUAAUGUACAGCAUGUCUGAGAGAAAUUGUACAGUAACAGUACAGCAUCUCAGCGAUUUGUAAAUAGCCAAAGUCUUCCAUUAUAAUGUUGGUAUGACCUUGUUGCCAGUGGAGAGGAUGGACACUGAACCCCAUGUACAGACCUUUGAAGUGAAGUUUAAUUUCCAAAACACAUCAUCAUUUAUUUGACAGAAAUACAGGAUAUUGCUUCACCUAAGAUAUUUUAUUUUGCACCAGCUCAAAAAAAAAGAAGAAGAAAACACAGGAAAUUACAGGAUUAAAAGACUUUUAAAAAAAGAUUUUGUAAUUCGGGUCUGUUUGUUGGAUAAAUCUCAGCUAAGAUACAGUAUGUCCUACGUACAGUAUGUAGUAUGUAUCAAUAAUGUUCCCUUAUUUUGAUGGUGUUGAGGUUUGCUAGUCAGAAACUGUUAAAUCUUUACUUCAAAUGUUUGAUUUUACAUUUGAGCAAAUAUAUUAAAAACAAAUAAAGAGUCUAAAGAAAAA